AAUUCUCUAAUUCUUUACAUCAAGGGUUGCAAUGAUAUUCGAUGAAAGUGCACGUCAUUCGUACAGACUGAACGUUCAAUUGUAACUUCCAACCUGUUUCGAAACCUGUCAAAAUUCCGUAUAUGCACAUUAGGCACUUCAAUGGUUAAAAUUUUUCAAAAUUAUUCCGUAACAUGAUAAAAAAAAAGAUUUUCAUCCUAAACUUUCAGUACCAAAUCAACUAUAACGUGAUGAAACAUGUCGGAUAAAUGGGAUGAUAAAUUGACAGAAAGGUUUCUGACUUUGUAUCGAAAACACAAAUGUCUGUGGAAUCCAUAUUCAUUUAAUUACAGAAAUUGCGCGGAUAAAAAUGAAGCCUUUAAAAGCGUUAUACAGGAAUUGAAUAGGCCUGGAAUCGGAUUAGCUCAAUGUUUGAAACAGAUCGAAGUUAUAAGAGAAAGUUAUAAAAAAGAGCAGCUGAAGGUGGAAGGCAAGUUAAAAUCUGGGAAGUUGUAUUAUUCAAAACUACCAUGGUUCAAUCUUAUGUCGCAAAUGUUGAGUGAGGUGAUUACCGACGAAGAAAAAUUUAAUAAAAAUCCGGUUGGAUACAUACCUUGCUUCGUGGAGAAAAUUUCCUCAAAAAAUAGUCCGAAUGAAGAUCACGAGGCAUUCUUUUUACCAGAGAAAUCCCCCAACUCACUUGCAGGCUUGCGAACACCUUUCGACGUGAACCGUAAUACUGAUACUAACGCGGAUAAUCUUUGGAAUAAAUGUCCAUCCUGUGGAUGGGCAGAGAACAAAAAUAAGAAAUCCGGCUUCAAUGAUUCAAAUAGAUUUUACAACGUCACAGACAGUGAAAUUGAAUUUCCAACCACCGAUAAUGGGGUGAAUACAUCGGGUCUUCUACCUACCCCCAAAACUAUUUCGUCCCAAUUGAACGUUGCAAAAGAUAGAAAAAAAGUUCAACUCAACGCGGUUUACCGCGAGAAUCACCCGUGUAAUGUAGAAAAACUACCAGAUAUUGAAUUACCGUCGAAAGAAAAUCGUUCCAAUUGUUCCUGCUGGCUCGAUGUAGGGUCACAAAACAAUUUUACCUCCAUUCGAAAUCAACGGCAAGAAAGUAAUAAAAAUCAAUCUCUGGAAAAACGCCCCACAAAUGUUCAGGAGGAUCGAAAUAAUUGUUACGUCAAUGAACCAGAGUCAAACGUUGAUUCGUACCGAAAGACGGUCAACAAAAAAUCACAGAGAUCAACUGAAUUCGAAGAUAACGGAUCAGACGAACAUAAUAAUGCGGAUAAAUAUGAGUUUAGCUCGCAGUUCAAAAUUACUAUUCCCACUUCUGAAGCAGUGGAUGAAAAUCUUGAGAUCACUGGCUAUGGAAUUCGCGUAAUGACUCAACAGUUAUCAAACUACUUGUUGCAUCCCCCUUGUGCGGCGUCAAACGUGGCUGAUAAUCAAAACGGUAAAUGCGAUAGACAAUUAUGCCUUGCAAAAAAAUCUGGAAACUUUGAUCCGGUGAGGUAUACCAGUAUUAUAAAGUUGCGAGUCAAUCGUAAACUGAAACGAUCGUCCAAUGAAUUUCAUGAUAAAAAGCGUUCUCACACGAAGCAUAAGAAACAUAAAUCUGAAAACGGGAAAAAAGAUUGCUCGUCAGAAGUUGAAGUUCCGCGCGAAUCGUUGCCGAAUAAAAUAACUCAGACUGAAGCGUGUUGUGAAAAUCGAACAAUACAGACUUUAUACGUACCAGAAAUAUGCAAAUCAAAUUCUUCAAAUAUUAUUUGUGUGAAAGGAUGCACCGUAGGUCAGGAUUGCCCAGUUUACAGGACACCCGCAGAUUACGCAUCGUCGUGUGGUACGAAUUAUCCCAACGAAGCUGCAACGUUGACGGAAAAAUUCGGAAGUUCAUUAAUUAAUGAAUCUGGAUCAUCUGAAAAAAGUCAGGGUGAAAACCCAGCAGUAAAACAUAUGAUUGCAAAUAUUCCAUCCCAGGAAAAGUUCAAUAAUACCAGAACAUUCCUAAAUGUGAUCGUAAAAAUAUUAGAGGCUGAUGACACGAAGGAAAGUGCUGCAGAUCUGCAAACAACGUUGAAUUCGAUGCUCGAUAGAUUCGAAAGAAUUUCAGACCGUACUGCAGGGGAAGAACGUAAUGCUGAAAUUAGUGGACGGGCGAUGAACAAUGAUCAUUCUCGCAGCACACAGUAUCAAAGUUUUACCCCAAGGGAUCGACGUGCAGAUGACGACUUACGAGUAGCCAAUCCUGUCCUAACAUCUGAUCAUUUCUUUGAUUUACCCACCGACGAAACUUCCAUGUUUGCGCUUCCGGGUGAGGUGCAGAAUAAGGUGGCGAAUGGAACCAGAGUAAACUCAGGAUUUGUAGUCGAAAAAAGUGAGGUGAAAAGCAAUGAGGAAGUUAACAAGCCCAAUAGUCCAUCUCCUGAAUUAUCAAAUAACGCUAGAAACACCUCUAUUGCUUCAAUCGAUACAAAUACUGAUUUUGAGAAUGAAGAACCCAUCGCUUCGUCGUCCAGAAAAUUUGAAGAACGUCCAACUUCGAGUCAGUUGACGAAAGACUUUUUGAAUGUUCUCAAAUACACUAUGAAGAUGGACGAGACUUUGAAUUCCACGGAUUAUACAGGCAUGUUUUACCGAGUCGAUAGACAACUUGGCGAUGAAUUUUACAUGUCUUUCGUAAUUAGUGAUCGGUUAAAAUUUAUGCAAAAAAUCUUUACUUUACAUAUCCUCGUAACUCUAGGUAACAACUAGUGCUGUCAAAAGUCAAAGGAAUUACCCAGCCCACGUCAUUGAAAGGACUGAGCCGAUUGAAACUGCAACUCUAAUGAAUGUUUAUGUAAAAAUCAAAUAUCUGUUCCCUUUGUAUUAUGACCGUAAUUUUACAACCGAGUGUUAUCCCGCGAUCAAUGGAAUAUCAAGAUAUCCUGUAAGGCUACAAAUAAGUGUAGGUAUGUUAAUAUGUUUAACAUACCUGCGCAGAUUGUGCAAAUAAUUUCCCAAUGAACUAUCCUCUUCGAUACAUCAGAUUGAAAAUUUUUUAAAUUAGAAUUAACGAUGCUUUGUUUAAUCUAUUGAUUGAAAUAAAGGAAAUGCCAGACGACAUGUGUGUCAAGUGUUAUUUUAGUUUUUUCGGUAAUAAAUUCAGAUCAGUGUUGGAAAAAAUAAUAAUAGAAAUUUAAAAAAAACACGAGUAAUUACAGUGACAGGAUUUGAAACAUGAUACAUCGGACUCGCGAAACUUGACCGGUGAUCGAUUAUCUAAAAAAAAAUGUCUAGUCAGUGGAGCGAGGCGAAACUUUUCAAGUUCUUAAGACUCUAUAAACGGUAUGAAUGUUUAUGGAAUCCCUAUUCGCCUGAAUAUGCAAAUCGGGGCAUAAAAUCUGUAGCGUUUUCUAAAAUUUUAUAUGAUAUGAACGAACUCGGAUUAACCGUUGAUAAGUGCUUGAGCGAAAUAAAAUAUAUUCGCGACACGUACAAACGAGAAAGGAAGAGAUUGCAGAGUCUUACCGAUUUAGGUGGUCGUGGCUAUUCAAAGUUUUUGUGGUAUCCGUUAAUGAACAGUAUGCUGUCAAAAAUUAUCAAGGAUGAAGAGAGAGUGGUAGGAAAGAUAAAACUCACGUACUUACAUAUUUAGAUGUGAUGAAGUAGAAUAAAAGAAUCAUAAAUUUUAUUCAGAAUGCUGCCGCGUUAGGAGAUUCCUCAGCUUUAGUUGCGGUGACGAAAAAUUUGUCAUUCGAUGCUGGAGAACAUAUAGUUCCGUGGAACAGAUUGAACGAAGAUGUGACGAUGUGUCCAUAUUUAUCAGAUUCAAAUCACGGAGACUAUAGUUAUGAUCCCGACAAUUUUUCGACUCCGAACUGUCCCCAUAGCUUCGAGGGUGUAAACGAACAUAUAAGAUCCUGUCCAACGUGUGGAUAUUUAAACAACAGCAGUUAUAACUGUUUUUCAAUUGGUCAAAUUAGUUAUCGUUUACCAAGAACUUCGCGUAAUUAUAGAAAUGGUAUAUCGGAUAUAAAUUCGGCGGUAAAAAUCUCCGAAUCCCAUCAGCCAUUACCCAAUCGUGGAUAUGAUAUGCCUAUGAUUAAAAGUGUAAUUCCAGAAGAAUCUGAAAAUCAGUCUGAAAAAUCAUUUGAUGUGGUACAAUACAGAGCUUUAGCUGUUUACAAUGACUGCGAAAAGGAGAAUUAUUCCGAUAAAAAAAUAA